ACUGCAAACUUCAAGGAGCCGAACUCAAAAGGACCACUCUGCAACAAAAAACCUAAGCGGUUACAGAAUAACAACUUUGGACCCGAGCCGAUUCAACUCCCCGAAAUUUAGUAAUUUACAAUGCACAUAAGACACAAACGCACAGAAGUAUACACAACAAUUAACAAAUGGAUAAGAUUUUGCCGUUGUCUGUUCAGUUUUAGAUACACAUUGAUUAUGAAGUCAUACUGUGGAAAGAACAAAAAAGUGGCUCGAGACCCGCCGAGGCGAGUCAUGGGUCACUUUUUGUUCUUCCCGCGCUAUGGCCUAUGAUGACAUACUGUGUAUCUAUAACUGAACAGACAACGGCAAAAUCUUAUCAAUUUGUUUUGUAAUAGAUUCUUUUUGUUUUUUUUGUGACCAAUAGCAAGGCUUAAAUUUUAAAUUUAAUUUAAUUUAAUACGCUUUGGAGUUCACAGUUUUAGAUCGCAAAUUGUAGUUUGUUUUUUACCUGAUGAUGGAAUAAACUCCGAAAUGUAUUAAAUUAAAAUAAAAUUUUAAGCCUUGUUAUUGGUCAUUGUAAAAAGCAAAGAGAAUCUUUUAUUAAAAUGAGAAAUGUAUUUGGAAACCCCCGAAUUAAAUAGGUAACUUACUUUUUAUCCACCCAAACAUUUGGAAAUUUGAAAAGUCGAAUUUAUACAAAUAUCACGCGUACAUGAUCUAUACAAAUAAGGAAUGCUAUUGGAUAAGGUUUUGUGUGACGUAAUUCCAUGCGUCUGUCCUCUAUAAUAGAUCAUGGCUCUCAACCAAUGAAAGCGCUUGAAUUCUUAACGUUAUUAUAUAAUUACUGAUAGUUAUCAUCAUAACUGCUUACUUAUUUGUCAUCUUUUUUUUCCAGUUCAACCCAUGAAAGAAAGAGUCGCACCAAUGUAGUGGUAAAAGAUGGCCGCUUUUACUUGAAUCAUAAUUCUCUGAACGAGGUAUGAAAUAACAACUCGAAAGACUCGAAAUAAUAUUGUCUUCACCUCAAGUCGCAGAGAAAAUUCCGAGGGUGUAAACUCAUCUUGUCUCAAGCAAGAUGCAAAAAAUUUCCCAAUCUUACAGUCGUGCCAAUUGAAGCGUUCCGAAAAAUGUUGACCAAUUCAUUUCCUAACUUGAAGAAACACCUCUGAACAAUUCCUCAGCAAUUUGAUAAGUUCCUUAAAAAGUUCCUAACUUCAUGUUUCAUUGACCAAUCAGAUUGCUCGAAAAUAAAAUAUAAAAUUUGAUUGGUCAAUGAAACAGCAAGUUAGGAACUUUUUAAGGAACUUAUCAAAUUGUUGAGGAAUUGUUCAGAGGUGUUCCUUCAAGUUAGAAUUGGUCAACAUUUUUCGCUUCUAUUGGAACGACUGUAAACGUUUGGCCGUUUCCUUAUAGCAAGCAAUGCAACUUUAGCGAAAAAAUGCAACUUUAGGUCCCUGGAAGGACUCGAACCUGCGUCCCUGCGACUCCGAUGCAGCGCUCUAACCAACUGAGCUACAGAGGCCAGUUGUUAGAGCUCGACUCUGUAGCCCAGUUGGUUAGAGCGCUACACCGGAAUCGCAGGGGCACAGGUUCAAUUCCUGCCAGGGACCGAAAGUUGCAUUUUUCGUUUCCGUUCCUGGUUUGGUCUAAUAAAUGUAUAUAAAUUUCCAAUCGACAAUUUCCAUCUACCCAUCAAAUAUUAUUCAUUCAAGUGAGAUGCCGCAAAAAUCUUGAUAUUUGUGUUAGUAUUAAGCAUAUUUUAUGUUUGAUUAGAUGACGCUACUAUUACUAACCCUAAAGUACUUAUAGUACAUGAGCGUUGAUUGGAAUUGAGAAGCGUAUUUUUGUAACUGUUUGGACACACGCGAAAUUUCCCGUCUAGAAACCUAAUUGAUUUUAAGGGCCUGUUUAUAUAUGGAAGCCAGGCUGGCCCGCAAAGCGAGACAGCCCGGUAAGCUAGAUCUCGCUGUGUAGUUAUUUUUAUAGUAAAAGUUAUUGUGCGUUUAUAUGGACAAGCAGGCUGGCCUGUUGCCGAGAUCUCGCUUGAAAGAGACGGGAUCUCUCGCUCAGCGGGAUGGAAAUUUCACCAUAUAAAAAACACUCACGAGCGGGCUGGCCCUGUUGCCGGGAUGAAAGUUCAAAGAUAUACCGCGCAAGCUAUUUUUAACAACUGCCAAAACAAUGUCAAAACUACAAAAUUGUCCACACACGAGAAAUUUAUCCCGCUUAAGGCCCUAAAACGUAAAACAAAAACAAUUUUGACACGCGCUGUAUUUGAAAAAAAGUGUGAUAAUACUAGGUUUAAAAACAGAGUUUAGGAACCUCAAAACAAAAAGGGAAUUCUCAGUUUAAUAAAAAGAGAACUUGACAAUUUAUGGCCAAAUUGACGAGAAAAAGCCGGGCAAACGAUAUUAUGCUGAGCUAGAAUCAGAAUUUGUAAAUUAAUCGAUCUAAAAAAAUGACCAUAAAACGCUUUUGAUUUAUAUUAUAUAUAAAAGAAAUAGAAAAUAUUUUUCUCUGUUUUUCUAUACAGUUAUAGAAACACUUGUGGUAGUUUGGGAGAACUCGAAAUAGCGUAGAAAAAUUCGCCCCCUGAUUAUUUCUCGUUCUCUAAAACUUGCACGCGUGUUUUUAUAACUGAAUAGAAACUCGGAAAAUGUUUACUAUUCCUAAGUAUAGUAAGUGCUUAGGUGAAAUCCAUUGAUAAAUUGUAAUCUUCUCCCAGGAUGCUCCAGUGGUGGUUAUAUUUAAAGCCAUGGGGAUAGCCACUGACCAGGAGAUCAUGCAGAUGAUUGGCAGUGAGGAAAGUGUGACGUCCGCGUUUAUGGCAUCGUUUGAGGAAGCACAACGCUUGAAAGUCUUCACUCAGUUACAGGUAAGCAUAAACGCCUUAAGGCUGAUUUCCACGGUUGCGUUUUUCAUACGUACGUAUACGCACGUAAAACUUUAAAUCAAUUUAAAUGUUACUUAUGAAAUAACCAAAUAAAUAAAAUAACAGAAUUUAGUAUUCCGCAAAUUUUAACAUGCAUUUUUUAACUUAUUUGUAAAAUAUUUAAAAAAUAGAAGGAUUCAAAGUUUUACGUGCGUAUACGUACGUAUGAAAAACGCGACAGUGGAAAUCAGCCUUUACGGAAACCUUUUUAUUACAGACACCUUUCUGAUAUGGAACCUAUUUAAGACAGACACCUUUCUGAUACGGAAACCUCUCUGAGACAGACACCUUUCUGAUACGGAAACCUCUCUGAGACAGACACCUUUCUGAUACGGAAACUCUCUAAGACAGACACUUUCUGAUACGGAAACCUCUCUAAGACAGACACCUUUCUAAUACGGAAAGUUGGAAACCUCUCUAAGACAGACACCUUUCCAAAUACGGAUACUUCUCUAAGACAAACACCUUUGUAUACGGAAACCUCUCUGAGAUAGACACCUUUCUGAUACGGAAACCUCUCUAAGACAGACACCUUUCUCAUACGGAAACCUCUCUGAGAUAGACACCUUUCUGAUACGGACACCUCUCCAAUACAGACACUUCUCUAAUACGGACACCACUCUAAUACGGACACCUCUCCAAUACGCACACUUUUCUAAUAAGGACGCCUUUCCAAUAUGGACACCUCUCUAAUAUAGACAUCUCUCUAAUACAGGCACCUCUUUGAUAUGGACUCCUCUCUAAUAUAGACACCUCUCUCUAAUAUGCACACCUCUCUAAUACAGACACUUCUUUAAGGUUACAGGGCAUAUUUUGUGGCUUGCGAAGAAUCGCUACUGCGCGCUUAAUAUAAAUCCGAUUUUUAUCAAAUGUUCAUUACUGCUUGCAGAAUAUCAGAAAGGUGUCAAUUAAGUUGACAAACAAUAAAACAAUUUUUGAAUAAUACAGUUUUUUGGUGUUUUUUUUUUAAUCAGGCUGAUUAGUGGAUUUUAGAUUUCAUUGUUCUUCCCCAAUCAGAUCAGUUUGUUACAGAUUUGUGCACUGUUGUUACAUAAUUUUGCACUGCAGUUUGAAAUUAACUGCACUGAAACCAACCAAUCACAGUAGAGUAAUAUUUUUAUGUGUAUUAUUACUGUAUGUCCCAAAUAAACUUUCGUAUAUUUUAAUCUACAAACACUUACUAAUGCUAUUAUGUAGGCAUUGACGUACAUUGGCACUAAAAUUAGACAACGACAAAUGUGGGGCAAAGUGAGAUCAAAACUGGACGACGCAAGAGAACUACUGGCUCAUACAAUACUAGCACAUGUGCCUGUAAGUAAUGGCUUUUACUUGAUAUUUUAAAGGACAUUGGCAAUAAAAAAUAGUUUAGUUCAUUUGAAAGAACUCUUAAAACUAUAUGUUAAACUCUAUUACAGAUUGUUUAUAUCUUGCUUAUAUAUAGUUUUCGAAAUAUUUCGACUGAAAAAAGUGAGCUGUUCGCCAUCUUGGAUUAUUGAGGAUGUGCAAUGUUACGUCAAGAGAGGGGUCACGCUAAUUUUUAUCUUGAGAGUAAGCGAUCAAUAUGGGUUCAAAACGUCGUUUCUGGUUGCUGUCUGAAAUUUAGUUGGUAAUGAUUAUUAAAAACAUUUCAAACAAUUUUGGAUUUUUGCUCGGUCAUUUUAGAGUAUUUUUAUAUGGUUAACCCAACUCCUGACGUCAUCAAAACCAUAGUUAAUGAGGUCAAGAAUUAGUCCAAAAUGGCGGACAGCUCAUUAAUUUCGGUCUAAAUAUUUCGAAUAAGCAAGAUAUGACAAAUGGGCAAUGUAGUUUAAUAUAUAAUUUUAAGAGUUGUUUUGAAUGAGACAAACUAUUUUUUUAUUGCUAAUGUCCUUUAAUAGCUAAAACUAAAUUGAGAGAAAAAGGCUUUAUUCAAACUGGACAGAUCCAUCAGUUCUAAACAGUUACUCUAAAUGUACAGUAAGUACCACAGGAGGAAACUGAACUAACCCUCCACUUUAAAUAUACUGGAUAUAGCUUUAUCAAAAUUAUAAAGAAUUCCUAUUUUUAAUAUCUUUAGGUGAUACAGUUUAAUUACAGAUCUAAAAGUGCAUAUUUGGCAGUGAUGAUCAGAAGAGUGAUUUUAGCAAUGAGUGAUAAGGUUUGUAAUGAUGUUAGGAUUUACAGAUGUAUUUGUCGAAUGCAAGUGAUUAUUGCUAUGCAAGUAAACGUAGUAUGCGAGGGCAAAUUAAGAAUUUUACAGGAGCAAAAAAUUGCCAUUGAAAUGCUAUACCAUGAGUUGUGGACAUUAUUAGAUUAUUGAAUUGAUGAUACUUGACAACGUCAGGACAAUGAGAUGCAUGAAUUCUUUGUUUGCAAUCACGUGAUUUUUCAUCCAAAUGACGGGCAAUCAAACAACUUGUGGACGAUUUGUCUUCUAUCAGAAUGGUUGUAGCAAGAAAAAUUGAACGGCAAUUCAUCUUUUGAGUCUUAAACUGUUCCUAAACUCGAGCAAUACAUUAAAAUAGCCGUUUUUUGUUAUACCUGCCCGUCAUCUGAAAUCCCAAAAUUACGUCUUGCAAACAAAGAAUACUAAAGAAAUACCAAAUGAAGUUUGUGAUGUUACUCUGAGUGUGCAUCCACACCGGGCAAGCUGAAAAGUUUGCCUGACCACGGUGGGAAUCGAACCCGCGACCUUUGGGAUACUAGUCCAAUGCUCUGUCAACUGAAUUACGAUGUCAAGUCAGUAAUUCGAGUUGGUGAUACCGCGAUGCUUAUUUUAUUAAAAAACUCAUUAUUAAUGCAUGAUGAAAAUGCAAAAGAAAUCACUGCCGUGUCGGUAGUUUUAUAUGUGAUAAAAAAUCAUGUUCAUUUACAUAAACUUUAGCUUUGAUUUUGUCGGCAUAGACAACGUUUAGUUUCAAAAUAACUUCGUCAAUGAACUCAUCAGCUUGGUCUUUUUUUAAGCCAUUUAAAACAUUCACACUCCUUGCUUUAUCCGAUAUAAAACACUCGAGCUGCGCUUUCGUGUUUUAUAUCUCAUAAAGCACUAGUCUCCUACUCGUGUUUCAAAUAGUAUAUAAAUAUCUCAAGAGUCAGCCAUUUUCUGGGACGGCCCAAAGGAUCACUGACAUGACGUGCACUCUUUAAAGAAUCGGUUUUAAUUUGAUUGAAUGUUUUGCUAGGUCAGAGUUGAUGAUCGUGAUUAUUAUGGCAACAAAAGAUUGGAACUUGCUGGACAGGUAGGGAUUGCAUAAAAUUGUUUGCUCGAUAUAUUUAAUUCCCACACUGGUUGUGUUUAACGAAGGGCGGUUUGCAGAUUGUGUUACUACCCUUUGUCCGUGAGUUAAGCCUGUUACUGUCGCUGGCCAACAUGAGCUCCACCUUUGAAUUUACUAUAUGAGUAAAUUCUUAAACACGUCCGAAUUUAUCAUUAUGAUAGAUUCGCGGCACAUUUUGAAUUUAUCAAUAGAGUUAAUCAUAAAAUUAACAUAAAUGUAAUGGCAUUAGAAGGGAGGCUGGUCGCGCGGGGGUGGGGAGUUUCUCAAGUUUUUCAAGUUUUUUAAAAAAAUAGUUUUUAAAAAGUUUUAAAAAGUUUUAAAAGAGUUUUGAAAAGCAAGAAAAGUUUAAAAAGUUAGAUUUUUAACAAAGUUAAAAAAAUUUAAAAAGUUAAAAAAGUUAGGGGGUAGGGGUUAGUGGUUAGGGGUUAGUGGUUAGGGUUGGGUUGGGGUUAGUGUUAGGUGCCGCGAAUUUAUUAUUAUGAUAAAUUCAAAAUUUGCCGCGAAUUUAUCAUAAUGAUAAAUUCGGACGUGUUUAAGAAUUUACUCACAUAGUAAAUUCAAAGGUGGAGCUCAUGCUGCGCUGGCAGGGUUCGUAGCGGUCCCUGAAAUCCUUGAAAGUCUUUAAAUCUGAAUGCAAGUCUUUGAGGUAUUUGAAAAGUCUUUGAAUUGUGUAAAAAAGGGAAGAAAGUCUUUAAAGUCUUUAAAUUCUCUAGUGAGAAUUGGAUUAUACGAUUUCCUAGCUAAUAAAAUAGAUCGAUUGAAGCAAGGUUUUCGCAAAUAUCGACGAAAAAAUGCAUUUUAGGAUGUGAUUUGACGAGACUAAUUAUACCGGGUAAAAAUGGUGCUUACACUCGCAAUUUUUCGAUAGCUGAUUGCUCCCAAAGGUCUUUGAAAAGUCUUUGAAAAUAGGCAGAAAAAAUCUUUGAAAGUCUUAGGCAGAAAAAAUCUUUGGAGACUACCAUGGCCGGAUUUUUACCUCCUCUGAGAUCGUUCUGUAAUUCUCCAAAUUCUCCCCUGAGAAUUUUUGCACCUCCCCUGAAAUGUCAUGCACCUUCUCUUGGGAAAGUUUCAAUGAUAGAUCAAAUUGAAAAUUUGAAAUUUUUAGGUUGCUUAGGGUCUACAAUUCGCAAGAAAGCUUUUCUGUGAAAUUGAAACAGUGGUAGCUAGUCAUCUCUGUGUCAAGUAUAUGCAAUGCAAAGUUUUUAAAGAAACUUUGUAGUAAUUGUAAUGAAGGGCAAGAUUGCAUGGAUGAGUUGUACAGUCAUAAUUCUUUAAUACUCAUCACUUUGUCAUUCACUUUGGUCCCUUCUAAGCUCUAACUUUCCAUGGUGGUCAUGAGCUAGACCACUGCACCUCCCCUAAAUUUUUUCCACCAAAAUCGGCCUUGGAGAGUAAGAAUCCUGUGGUGGGUCGUGGGUGAUAAUGCACUUCUCUGACAUGUCGAAACUUCCCAUUUUCACACCAUAGCCAUGUUCCUUGAUCACUUGUGUGUCGAAUGGUAUACUGGCAAAAUCGGAGUUUCGAUUGGAUGAUUUCAGCUGUCGACUAAAUUUUGAUGCAGACAAGAACGAGGAUAUCUAUCAUUAUAGCUUGAACGAACAUCCUUAAAUUAGUAAAAUUGGCAAACUCUAUUGUAAAAUAUGGAAAAUAUAGCACCGUGAAAUUAGCCUGUCGCGACUGACGUCGAGUUAGAACUCGAGUUAGUUAGCAUCCUUUAACAUUUAUUUCAUUUACCUUAUCUUUAGCUUGUGUCAAUUUUAUUUGAAGAUUUAUUUAAACGAUUUAACAACGACGUAAGUAUAUCACACAUUACUAAUCGUGUAUUAUAGUCGUUAUUAUUGUUCUGAUUCGCUGUCUUGAACAUGUUUUCGUUUUAAUUUAGUUGAAACUAAUUGCAGAUAAAACUAUUCCAAAGCCUCGAGCGGCCCAGGUAAAUAUUUUGUGAUAUUUGAAAAACUUUCUUGGGGAUGGACAGCGACAGUGACAAACUUUAUUUGUAUGGAAGAAAGCCUGACACUUAGGUUAACACCGCAACACAACAAUUAACACUUUGAAAUUUUAUUUAGUUUGAUAUUGUUAAACACAUGAGACAGGAUGUUAUCACUAAAGGACUCGUCUACGCUAUUUCAACU